GCGAAUAUUAUCAUGAAAAUUCACAAUUCGGAACCAGUUUCAGUUUUCAAAUCUUCAAGAAACGUAUUCUUGAUCUUAAUUAAUUGAAAGAUGUCUGGUGUAAGCAAUGACACCGGUGGAUUUUUGGGUUUUUGUGACACCUAUCUCAUUGGGGUAGAUGGAUCAAUCACAACAAACUGUAUGGUGAAGUCUCUGUUUGUAUGGACUCCUAUUGUUGCCUUGAUCCUGUUGCUGCCUCAGUACAUAUAUCAGAUAAAAAACAAGGGAACUUCCUUGGGCAUCUCCAUCUUGAGUAUCCUGAAAGCAGUUUUCUCUUUAUGUCUGAUUAUCUUGGCGAUCUAUGACUUAGUUCUUUGGCUUGGAGUAGAAAACAAUGAAAUCGUAGAUAUACUGGACCCAAUACUAAGGAUAGUGGUGUACUUUAUUACGAUCGCAAUUGUUUUUGUUGAAAGAACCAACCGAUGCGGAAGUUCUCCCGUUCUUUGGGUAUUCUGGGGCCUUCUUUCAAUGUUUUGGGCUGUUCGCAUACUUUUCCAGAUUAAAAGAUAUAGUAAUGAGGGAAAUGGCGAGGGGGAUAAAAACAUCAAUGAGUUGGUGUCUAAUGGAGUGUCAUUUGUUCUUAUAUUCUCUGAGUUUAUCGUUUGCUGCUUUGUGGACUUAAAACUAAAAGACGAUACUAAAAGAAACCCUGAGAUGACUGCAUCAUAUGCUUCCUAUGUGUUUAUGAGCUGGCUGGAUAAACUUGGAACACAGGGAAAGACUGCAUUGACCUUGAAAGAUUUGCCUUCCUUGGCUCCAGUGGAUGCGUCUAUUCGCUGUAUUCAAAGUUUCCUGGCUCAUCUAAAGAAGGCUUCAGAAGAAAAUCCUCAAGGGUUUAAAUUAGUUCAAGUUCUUGUUAUAAGCUUUGGUGGAGUUUAUGCUCUGGUUUUCGUUAAUCUAACAAUAGUCGCAUCACUUGAACAAUAUGAAAACAAAGCUGUGGAGAGUGUUGUUGCCUUUGUAAAAAAUCUAGCAGCACCGGCAGAAAAGGGAUUAGUCCUGGCAGUUAUACUGCUUUGCCUCUUAUUCUCUAAACCAAUCUUCACUGCUGUUGCUGGUAAUAGGAUGGUUACAGUAUCAGCCUGGACCAGAGCUUCACUCCUAACAGGAAUAUACAGAAAGAUGCUGAAACUGGCUCCCACUGCUUCCUCAGCAGGUUCUGCCGGAAAAAUCACUUCAAUGAUCUCAACUGAUGUUUUCAAAAUUCAGGAAUGCUUGCUGGUCGGAUUUGAUAUUUUUAUUUCUCCGUUCAAAGUGGUGGUUGCUCAGUAUCUUCUAACAAUGCUUCUUGGACAUUAUAACUUUUAUACAUUUCCGCUUUUAGUGUUCUCCCUCUUUACUACUGUUGUCAUGGGCAUUAUUAUGUUAAGAUUUAACAAGCAGUUCAUGACAGUUUCAGACGAGAGAAUGAGGAUAACCAGUGAAAUGUUGGGAGGAAUGAAAAUUAUAAAGCUCUAUGGAUGGGAAAAUCCAUUCUAUGAAAGAAUAGAAGCAUUAAGAAGUCAGGAGCGUAUUAUCAAUAUAAAGAUAGGAGUAGUGUAUUCUCUUGGUUGCACUAUUCUCAGUGCAUGUCCUCUCCUUCUCCCAUCAAUUGCUUUCGCUGCUUAUGCAAACUCUGGAGAUGGAGAUAUUCCUGCAGAUGUAUCCUACCCUUCUCUCAUGCUCUAUAGAAGAAUGUCCCCGCCAUUUGGAAAUCUUCCUGCUGUACUUUCAAAUAUAAUGACGACAUUAGCAGCACUAAAGAGAAUCGAAGAGUUUUUAAAGCUGGAAGAACUAUCAGAAGAUAAUGUCAAGAGAAUUGGAAGGGACGAAAGUAGAAUUGCCGUAGAUAUAGAAAGAGCUACAUUCCAAUGGAGUAGUCCUGCUCCAGCAAGUUCUGAAGAUGAUGGGAAGAAAGAUGCUGGGGAGUCUGCUGAUACAAAAAUAGCUGAAGAAUGUUUUAGGCUGGAUAACUUAAACCUAAAACUUCCUCAUGGUAUUUUGGUUGGUGUGGUCGGAAACCUAGGCUCAGGGAAAUCUAGCUUGCUUUCUUCAAUGAUAGGAGAGAUGCCAAGAACCAGUGGAUCUAUUACACUAAGUGGUAGCAUUGCUCAUGUUGCCCAGCAGUCCUGGAUUCAAAAUGCAACACUCAGGGAUAACAUUCUCUUUGGAAAACCUUAUGAAGAAGAGUUAUACGAAGAAACGAUUUACAGAUGUGCGUUAACAACAGAUCUAGACAUUCUUCCGGAUGGGGACGAUCUAGAAAUUGGUGACAAAGGUACCAAUCUCUCUGGAGGCCAAAGGCAACGAAUAGCGAUAGCUCGAGCCGUUUACAAUGACGCUGAUAUCUAUCUUUUCGAUGAUCCCCUGUCUGCUGUAGAUGCUCAUGUUUCCAAACAUCUCUUUGAUGAGGUGAUUGGUCCUAAUGGCUUCUUAUCUCAUAAAACUCGCGUAUUCGUUACUAACGCUAUAGGUUUCCUACCACAGGUAGAUUUUGUGAUUGUUCUAAAGAAAGGAGUAAUUGUAGAAUCUGGUCCGUUCUCCCAAUUAGUGCAGAAGGGUGGAGAGUUGACAAGAUUGAUGGCAGAUGUUCCACAAGAAAAAGAAGAUGAGGAACAACUUGAGCAGAAAAAGCAACCUAGAAAACCACGAAAAAAGAAGGAAAACACGGAGCAUAAGAAACAGUAUGCCGAUGAAGUAGCUGGAAACAAAGCAGUUCCUCUUAGUGUAUACCUUAAAACUUACCAGAAUGGAGGAUUGCUUUAUGUCUUCGGAUUUUUCUUAUUUCUUAUUCUAAAGUUUGUUACUCAGAUUGUCAAUGAGAGAUGGGUAAUGUGGUGGAAUGAAAACACGUUCCCCUGGGAGGAUUCGGAUCCAAAUAGAGAAAGUAGAACAACCAUGUUUAUUAAUGGAUAUGCUCUCCUUUCUCUUGUUCAUGGUAUAGUUCUAGGGAUAGCUUACUUUUUCUUGGUUGUCUGCCUUAUUAAUGCUGCAAGAAAAGUUCAUAUAAAUAUGCUGAAUAAUAUACUUCAUGCACCAAUGGCAUUCUUUGAUGUUACUCCAACAGGGCGUAUACAAAACAGGUUUUCAAAAGAUAUUUUUGCUUGCGAUACUUUGGCUGCACCGAGCACACUCAAUUUCUGGAUGAAUGCACUUCAGAUUGUUGCUAUUGUAAUUCAAUGUGCCAUGAGUGUAGCGUAUGCUUUAAUUCUCCUAGUUCCAUUAAUUCUCAUCAUGGGAAUUGGAUUCAUGAGGUUUCUUCCUGUGCUUCGUAAGUUGUCUAGACUUGAACUGGCUGCUACAGCACCUCUUAUGUCUCAUUUUGGGGAAACAUUGGCAGGAAUAGGAUCUAUUAGAGCUUUCCAGGCAGAGGAGCAGUUCAAACUUGAAUCUCAGCGUAGAAUUGACGAAGCUAACAAGGUGUAUAAACUGCUCUGGUGUCUAACCAAAUGGUUUAACUUGAGAAUGGAGCUUGUUGUUGGAGUUAUUGGUUUUGGUGUUACUAUAAUGGCAGUCUUUCUUCGCUAUUCCAUGUCUCCUGGUGAUGUUGGUAUUCUACUGUUGAAUGUAUUUUCCAUGUGCCAGGUCGUGAACAUUCUUGCCUUUGUGUUCAUUCAAAUGGAGAAGUCCUACCAAUCUGUUGAAAGAGUCCUGGAAUACUCGGAUACUCCUAUGGAGGCAGAAUGGGGUGAGACUAAUGAGGAGGUUCUGAAAUGGAUAAAGCAUGGAGAAAUUAUUCUUGAAAACUACAGUAUGCGUUACAGGGAUGGAUUAAACCUAGUGGUCAAGAAACUUUCUGCUAAAAUUAAUCCAGGAGAAAAAAUUGGUAUUGUGGGACGAACAGGAGCUGGAAAGAGUUCUCUACUUUUUGCUCUCUUCCGAUUGGCUGAGGCAGCUGAAGGAAAAAUUUAUAUUGAUGGCACUGAUAUCAGCACAAUAGGUUUACACGUACUCAGACAAGCUCUUUCUAUUAUACCUCAAGAACCAGUUCUGUUUUACGGUUCUCUUAGAUCCAAUCUAGAUCCUCUGAAUCUAUAUGCAGACAAGGACAUCAUUGCUGCCUUGAAAUAUGCUCAUCUUAAAGAUUUUCUUGCAAGCAUAGGGGAUAACCUGGAGUUUGCUGUUGCUGAAGGAGGUUCAAAUCUUUCUGUCGGACAAAGGCAGUUGAUUUGUCUUGCAAGAGCACUACUGAAGAAAACUAAGGUAUUGAUGUUGGAUGAGGCAACAGCUGCAGUUGAUCAGGAAUCAGAUGCAAUGAUUCAGGCAACCAUUCGAGAACAAUUUGCUGGUUCAACUAUACUCACAAUAGCCCAUAGGAUCAACACAAUUUUGGAUUACGAUCGUGUCAUGGUAUUGGACAAAGGAGAGAUCGUUGAGUUUGAUACUCCAAAGACUUUGAUGAGCAUUGACGGAGGAAUCUUUCAAUCAAUGUGCAAGAGCGCAGGAAUUCUUUAAUUCUCUACAAACAAAGAAUCGUUCUUUUUGUUUUCUUCUUUUCUGUGUAAAAUGUGUAUGUUAAUUAUUUAUUUCAGUACAAUAAUAAUGUUUACGAUA